AUGCUGUUACUAAUCAGUAUCAUUCUCACCUUGCGGGUUUCCUGUGCUCAUGGACAAGGAAGAACUUGUGGUUUUCCAGAAAUAAAACAUGGAAACAUAUAUGAUGAAGACAGAUAUAAACACAACUUCCCAGUUGCUCUGGGAAAGUAUUUCUACUACUCGUGUGAUCACAGCUUUGCGUCUCCUUCACAAUCACUCUGGACUAAAAUAACCUGCACAGAGGAAGGAUGGUCACCAACACCAAAGUGUAUCAGACAGUGCUUUUUCCCUUGGGUGGAAAAUGGUCAUUCUGCCUCUUCAGGACAAACACACCAGGAAGGUGACACUGCAAAAAUUGUCUGUGAUACAGAUUAUCGCCUUUUAAAUAAUCAGAGCAACAUCACAUGUACAGAGAGUGGCUGGUCCAUCCCUCCUAAAUGCAGUUCGACAGACCCUAAAAGAAAAUGUGGGCCUCCUCCACCUAUCGACAAUGGAGACAUUACCUCAUUCCCAUUAUCAACGUAUGCUCCAGGAUCAUUAGUUGAGUACCAAUGCCAGUCCUUCUAUGAACUUCAGGGAAACAAGAAUAUAAUAUGUAGUCAUGGACAGUGGUCAGAACCACCAAAGUGCUUGGAUGCAUGUGUGAUAUCAGAAGAAGUCAUGGAUAAACAUAACAUACAGUUACGAUGGAGACAUGAAAAAAAAUUUUAUUCUAAAACAGGAGAUAUUAUUGAAUUUGUAUGUAAAAGUGGAUAUCAUAAAAAGACACCACAUCACACAUUUCGAAUAACCUGUCAGGAAGGGAAACUGGAAUAUCCCACUUGUGUAAAAAACAAUGGCUAA